AUGCCCGCAUCUGCAACGCGCAGAGAGACCACUAAGCUUGUACUCGAUGACCCACUGCGUCCGCAAUGGUCAAGCAGGCCCACAUUGUCCGUGGCGGUCAAGAAUCAAGCUCUUCAGGCUCUGCUAAGCCUUCUCACUGGCAUAGCUGCUCCUAGACAGGAGCUGCAUAGACACAGACGCUCACGAAAGAGGGAGCGAGUCGGUAUUGACGUCGAAUUGCACGGCCCCAAGCUUCUCAAUGAGCUGAUCGUCGGUCUCAACGCUUGCUCUGCUCAUCUUGAACGCUCCAUCGCUCGCCUUCGUCGGCCAAAAGCAUUGCCAAGUCCGUACAAUGACCCUCAAGAUCUGAACCUGCUCUUGGUAUGUCAAGAUGACUUGAAUCCGGCUUCGCUGGCAGCACAUCUGCCCGGCCUGAUCGCAGUCUACAACGGUCUACUUGAAUGCAAGCAUGACGGCGGUAUGUUACUUGUGCCAUUGCCCGCUGGCGCAGAAAGCAAGCUCUCGUGCGCGCUUGGUCUCCGUCGGGUCGCCGCUAUCGCCAUUAAGGCAAGCUGUUCUGAGGCAAGGGACCUGAUGGCACUGCUGCGCACUCAUGUCGAGCCAGUCCGUUGUACUUGGCUUGAUCCGCCUGCCCAUCAGAAUCGCAUGCAACCGUUGCGCCUUGUUAAGCAGGUGACGGCGCAUCCGUCAAGUGGGAAGGCCUCAAGAGCGCAGAGGAUUGCUAUCAAGCGAGCCAGGCGACACUGA